AUGCCUGCCGAGAUAGCGGAUUCGGACGCUGAGUCCGACUUCAAUUCGCCGUUCAAGAAGACAGUGGCGAUGGAGGCCGUGGCAGGUUUCGAUGGUGUUGCACACCCAAGUCAGGUCUCAUUAUCACACUAUGACUUCGAUCAAUUCCUGGAACCCACACAACGGCUUUCCUCCCUUUCGCCAGGUCAUGGCCAUGGUGCGCCUACUGCCAGUGAGUUAUUAGCAGGCUUGCCCAGUGAGAGCUCUCCGAUGCGGGCGGGCCGAGAGCCAGACUCUUCUCUCGUCCAGGGUAAGAAGAGGGCGUAUAGCGACAUCCGUGGCCACACCGAGGCUGUAUUCCACGAGCCUUCUCUGAAAUCAUCAAGCUCGAAACGCACAAAAACCUAUGCGCACACUUCAAAGUCUAGAGGCAUUUUACAAGAUAUUGAUUUGUUCGCUCCUCAAGCCGACCAAAAUUCGGGAGAAAUCCACCCCUCAGACUCUGAUCGGGUGACAUCUGCGUUGAACGUUGACCUCUCCAUACCGACUGCUCCCCCGAAUGGGACCAUUAGGCUAUUGGGAGAGUCUUUGACAGGCUCAACGCAUCGUCUUUCAACCUCUGUGGCCUCGAUGGGCCAGUACGAGUCUAUCAAUUUGGAUUUUCGAGGUUCGGGACAGGGGAUAAAUGUCACUACCAACCCGUUUGGUUCACUAAGUCAGAUUUCAAGCCGGGAGCUCCAACUUCCCGAUGAUACUGAUUCUCCUGAUGGAUCGUUCAGGGGCGCUGAGCACCAUUCUCAGUUGAAUCAACAUGACCUUGAAAUCCCUACCAAUGUCGACGAGCGAAAUUCGCUGCAUCAGCUGGCCUCCAUCAAGCCACACCGGAUUACGCAAAGCGAUGGUCCGAUGGCCGAUGUCGUUGAAGAAGUGCUACAGACGGAAGAGAGGAGUACAGAGGCAGCGGCAACAAUGGCACAUUCUGAGAUUCAUACGUCUGUCGUUGAAAAGCCUCCUCCUAAGAAGCGCGGACGAAAACCCAAACACACCACGCCCUUCCCUGCUAUCGAGGAUGAUGUGGACGAACUCUCAAUGCAUGAGCUGCCGCCUGUAAAUCGGUCUCGGCAGGGUACUGUUGACUCUGUAUACUCCCAAGCUUCUCAGGCAUCGACAGGGAAGACGUCGACACGGAAACGCACGAGGAGGGUAUCAAAACAAGUUGGCGAUGUAACAAAACAACCAAAACUGUCAAGCGAACCAUCACCGGCCAAAGAACUAAGCAGCGAACUGAUUCUCGGCGACGAAGUACUCAUUGGCCUGCCCAAAGAGCAGUAUAAGCCUCGCCCCAGUCGAUCUCGUUCCAAAAAAGUAGCAGAUGCCGACGAUGCUGAUGUGCAGUCUCUUGAGCAACAGACCUCUGCCAAGAGCAAGAUGGCGGAUUUUGAAGAUCCAAAAGAACAUGAGCCUCCUGUCACCUCUACGAAAACAAGCACCAAAAAGGGACGAAAAAGCAAAGUGAAACGUGCAAAGACAUCUGCCGCAGCCUUACUCAAACGUGGCGAACCCAUGCUCAGUGAGGGUGAAGAUGAUGUGGUGUGGAUGGACACAAAGCCUGCCCCAGUCAAACUGGAUUUACCGCCGGAUUUGAAAGUGCUCAAGAAAGAGGGUGAUGAUUCUGGGGAAGAUGCUGAUACCGUCAAAGUCUCCCACAAGGAAGGACCACAGGAAGAUGUCAAAGGGGGUAAGGUGUCGGUAGAGAUUCCAGUAGACGCUCCAGCGGAGACUCCCGUGGCUGUGGUGGUUCCUAAGAAACGUGGUCGAAAACCGAAGAAGACCACGGCAGUCUCCGAAAUCAGUGUUGUCGAGGAACAGGAUGAGCAGUUUGACAAGCCACGACCGGCACUGGCAGAGAAAUCUUCAAAUGUGCCCGGUAAUCCUCAACAGAAGGCCAUGGAUGACGACGACCCGAAAGCCCCGACUGUAUCGCCUCUGUCCUCUCCUGAACCUGAAGUGGCGCCGCCGAAACACUCAGAGCAGACCCCGAAAAAAGCCGCUCCGGUAUUGGUCUCACCUUCCAAAGAUACCCCAGAGAAACCUCUUGCGACGCACUCACCUAUAAAGCCGACGCUCCUCUCGGAUGGAAAGAAGACCAUCUACCGUAUCGGCCUUUCACGACGACAGAAUAUCCCCAGCCUCCUUCGCAAGGUUCAACGAGACAAGCCUCCACCGAAGAUUGUCGUUCGCAAAGAGAAGGAGAACAAGAAGAAAAAGAAUGAUUGUUCCGACGACGAAGGUGCUGGUGAUCGGGAUGAAAUGAGAGGCGCUGAUGGUAUGUUGGUCGAAUGGGACUUCUAAAACUUUAAGAAAUCGGGCCCGUUUUUGUUCGUUGAUGACCGAGUAUCAUUAUGGUUAUUACGACUUCAUGAUUGUCGAUUUGUCGCCUACAUCUGAUGAGGUCACUUGAUAGCGUUUCAUGGCUUGUUGUCUUUGGGCAGAGGUGUCGGUAUCUGUGGGAGGGAGGUGGCAACGAUCAUACGUAGCACUGCAUGGUACACUGGUGCUCCACGACGGGUAGAUAUGUGACUACGGAUAAUUCGCGACUGCGCAAUGCUAGGGAUGUUCCACGUAUGGACGAAAUGAACCCAAUACACUUAUG